AUGAGUAAUACGCCGACAAAUCCUUCUCCCAAUGAAAUAAUAACAUUAUUAGACCUUCAACAAGAAUCUGAUGAUGAUUCGUGUAUGGUGUGUCCAAAUCCAUGCCAGGAUCACGAGAGUUAUCCACAAUACUUGAAGAUUGAUCGAACGUCACCACUAGAUUCCACAGUGAAACCUUAUUUUCGACAUGUUGUAAUUUCUACAGGGAAAUCCGAUUGGCCUGAACGAAUUGAUGAGGAAUCAAAUUCUUUUGCCGCUUGUUUGAAUAAUGCAAUCAAAGAUGCGGGCAAGAAAAAAGAUAAUAAAAAGAACAAUGAUAAGAACAAUUCAUCAUCGUCACGUGAUAAACUAGAGAAUGAUGAAUCACAAGAAAAGCCACCAAAAAUUCUAAUAACUAAUAGUAGUCGACAUAACUCUGAUAAUGUUCCGUUCUCAGACGGAAAUGAUAUUCUUUUAUUUCCUGAUAAUAUUCUCGUGCGUCAAGUUCCUUCUAAGUAUGUAUCGGAUUUCCAUCAAAAAUUUCUCUCCUAUAAAUCAAAUUAUAAAGAGAAUGAUAAUGAGCAGCAACAGCAGUCUUCAUCAUCUACAUUUAAUUUUAAUGUUGAGUCAAUUCCGUAUAAAGCAAUAAUCUUAAUCUGUUCACAUCGUCGUCGUGAUAAACGGUGUGGUACAGCCGGACCAAUAUUGAAAUCGGAAUUUGAAAAUGUGCUACGAACACGUGGAUUAGAUACGGAGACACGUCCUAAUGAUGGUGUUGGUGUGUUCAUGACUAGUCAUAUUGGAGGUCAUAAAUUUGCCGGCAAUUUAAUUGUAUAUCGAAAUGGACAAGGAAUCUGGUAUGGACGAGUGCUGCCAUGUCAUGCAAAAGCAAUAAUUCAGAAUACUGUGAUUGAGGGAAAAGUGAUUAAAGAUCUUUAUCGUGGUUCAAUGAAUGGGAGUUUUGGUGAAGGUAAAGGAGGAAAAUUGGAAUGGUAA